AAAAAACAGUGAAAGAAUUAUAUAAGGAUGAGUUAGUGGUGUCUGACAACUCCAACAAACGCAUCGUGGCCGGACGUUGCUGGAUUAGUCACACUCGUGCUGUGGGUGGAGACGCUUGUCUCGUUGUAGCUUGUGAAUUUGUGAGUGGUUUAUCGCCUAACCACAUUACACACUAACCUCUUAUGUGAAUCUGUGCAUCCGAAAGUUUCUCAGGCUGGUUAAACCAUACCAACAAUAGUUUUUAGGGUUAAUAAGGCCGGCCGUCUCCUGUGUUAAAAUCCAUUUUUUUUUCUCGAGGUGAUAUUACGGUGGUGUGUUUUAAGCUAUGUGGUGGUACAGAACUGUGGUUAAUGUGGCAGUUUGGUUGGUGGUGUGGGCGGCCUGUAGCGCCCAUACAAGCGGGGCUGACACCUGCUCCAUUACCUCGUUUAAGUGCAAGGACGUGGAGAACUGCAUUCCUAAGUCUUGGCAGUGUGACGGUACUGCAGACUGUAUGGACGGUAGUGACGAGGACCCCACCUUGUGUCCAGAGAAAAAGUGCAAACAGACAGAGUUCCGGUGUGGUGACGGUAAAUGCAUCCCCCACCGCUGGCAGUGUGACUCUGAAGCAGACUGUGAAGAUGGUUCUGAUGAAGACCCUAAACACUGCGCAAUAAAGAAGUGUGACGAUGGUGAGAGACAGAUGUGGCAGUGUGCGAUGGGGUUGUGCAUUCCCCUCUCUUGGUACUGUGAUGCUGUGGUCGACUGUAAGGAUGGGUCAGAUGAGGUCAACUGUCCUAAUGAAAUAGAAUGCAAAGCUGACGAAUUCACUUGUCACAAUAGUGGCAACAAAUCGAAUUGCAUCCAGCUAAACUGGGUUUGUGAUGGAGAGUCCGACUGUGAUGAUCAAUCCGACGAAGUUUCAUGUAAUGCAACAUGUACUUCAGAACAGUUCACUUGUGCAUCUGGUAUAUGCAUCUCAAAACGCUGGCAUUGUGAUGGAGACAUUGAUUGUGGUGACGAUGACAAUUCAGACGAAGCAAAUUGUCCAAAGAAAACUUGCUCAUUCUCUCAGGUGGCUUGUGCAGACGAGUCAUGCAUAGAUCGCAGCCUGAUUUGUGAUGGCAAGGAAGAUUGCAACGAUGGAUCGGAUGAACAUAAUUGUCCAAAUACCACGUGCAAUGCUGAUGAAUAUUCGUGUGCAGGGGGGUUCCAGUGCAUCCGCCGCGAGUGGUUGUGCGAUGGUGACAUGGACUGCCCUAAAGGAGAUGACGAAAGUAAAGAGAACUGUGUACACAAUUGCCAAGAUGAUUCAUUCAUGUGUGGUGAUAAGUCGUGUAUUGCUGGAAAGCUAAAAUGUAAUGGUUUCCCAGAAUGCUCUGAUGAAUCUGAUGAAGAGAACUGUGCACCAGCUUGCAAUGAAGAAUCUCAAUUCAACUGUGGAGACCAUUGCAUUCCUAUGGAGUUGGUAUGCAAUGGCAAUGAUGACUGUGGAAACUCAGCAGAUGAACCUACAGAUGGCACUUGUGGCAGGAAUGAGUGCAAUGAUCGUAAUGGUGGCUGUGCCCAAGUUUGUGUCGAUACUGCUGCUGGUCACUACUGCAAGUGCAAAGCAGGUUUCAUGCUUGUUAAUGGAACACAGUGUGAAGAUAUUGAUGAGUGUAUGGAGCCUGGCAUUUGCUCUCAGGUUUGUGUUAACCUCAAAGGUGCCUUCAAGUGCGAGUGUGUUGGGGGUUAUGCUCGCGACCCUCAUAACCAUCGCCGAUGUAAAGCAAUGGAGGGACAUGCAUCACUCCUUUUCGCUCAUUUCACUGAUAUACGGAAAAUAUCCCUCGAUCACCAAGAGAUUACAGCAAUUGUUAAUGAGACACAAGGUGCUACAGCGUUAGAUUUUGUUUUUAAAACUGGAAUGAUCUUCUGGACAGAUAUACGGGAAAAAUGUAUAUACAAAGCCCCCAUAGAUGAAGGCAGUAAAAAGGUGGUGGUGAUUUCUGAUGAUGUGACUACAGUAGAUGGUUUGGCUGUCGACUGGUUGUAUAAUCACAUCUACUGGACUAACACGGACACAGAUACAAUAGAGGUUGCAGAUUUCAAUGGAGACAUGAGGAAAACGCUCUUCCGACACAGACUAGAUGAACCUCGUGCCCUUGCUGUCUACCCGUCUGAGGGCUGGAUGUUCUGGACUGACUGGGGGCAACAAGCUAAGAUCGAGAGAGCUGGCAUGGAUGGUAAAUUUAGACAGGCUAUUGUUACUAGAGAUAUAAGGUGGCCCAACGCUCUAAGUCUUGACUUGGUUUUGCGAAAAAUAUAUUGGUCAGAUUCCAAGUACCAUACAAUCUACUCUUGUGACUUUGAUGGCUCUAACCGCAGGGUCAUACUUUAUUCAACAGAUUACCUGCCUCAUCCAUUUUCUAUCACAGUUUUCGAAGAUACAAUGUAUUGGAGUGAUUGGCGCAAGGAAGCCAUUUUCCGAGCUAACAAAUUCACAGGACAAAAUGUUGAAACUAUUGCACACUCACAUGCGACCCCCAUGACUGUCCAUGUGUACCAUAGCUAUAGGCAACCCAAUGGCACAAAUCACUGUACUCCGCUUAAUGGUCUAUGUACUCACCUGUGUCUCCCUGCACCACAAACUGGCCCUCAAGCUUCAAAAAUUACAUGUGCUUGUCCAGAUGGCCUCAUGCUGAUGUCUGAUGGACUGACGUGCGAGAGCGAGGAUGACUCGAUUCCCUACUUGGGGAAACCUACUCAAGAAUCUACCUCGAUAACCAAUAAUCUUACAGAAGAAGUUAGCAGCACCAUGGUACCCGAGAUGAAGCAGGCUCCGCCCCAGAUCGAGUCUCCUGCAGAAGGGGAAGAAGGCAACGUGGCGGUGGCUGCUAUCCUGGCAGCGCUAGGCGUCCUCUGCAUCGCCUCAGCCAUGGCAUACAUGAUCUACCGCUACUUCCGCAAACGAUCUGUGCACAGCAUGAACUUCGACAACCCAGUUUACAAGAAGACAACAACUGAGGAUGGCUUCCACUUGGCUGGCCAGCAGCGGACAAAUUGUCAGAGGGGAUCAAAUCAGCCGCAGUAUCAACACCGGCAGUAUGGAGUUAUGUCUCCAGAGGAUGGCAUUUGUGAGCCAAUGGUUAACACGCUCAAAUUCUAAUGACGUCACUGGAGCCACUUACAAGCAGCAACAC